GCAAGAGGGCGAGGGAUGGGGCCGGCUGCGUUCUGGGCUGGCCCACGGGGACUGGGGGAAGCCAGGCCAGAAACUACGGUGUCAGAGGGGCGUGGCUGCUUUGGGCCCACCCAAGGGCCCGCAUCCGGGGGUGGGGUGGCUCCUGCCCUGGUCAGGCCAGGCGCCCGGUGGGCGGUGCUGCCACGGGUCCGGGUGGUCUGUCGUUCAGAGCGGGUACUGCCCUGGGAGCCCGGGCGAGCCAGCAGCAGGGGGUACAGGGACCAAGUGGCCCAGCCCCUUGGGCAGGGUGUCAGGGCCGGAGCCCAGAGCGCUGAGGUUCAGGCCAGGCUCCAGCCCCGACCCGCAAACCAGAGUGGGAGAGAGCGGCAAGUGAGUGGCGGCCAGCGCGCACCGGGCACCUGGGGGCUGGCGCCCCUGUCCCUGCCAGAGCCUCGAGACGGCGCCCCACGGCUCCUGGGCCCUGAGGGACAGCUGGACAGGGUGUGGGCCCCAGGAGCGGCUCAGCACAGGCUCGCCACUCAGUGGAGCGUGGAAGGAGAGGAGGGUGCCGCCCGGGGGCAGCGCGAGCAGGAGAGGGCCUGGCAGCUUCGGGCCCAGGAUGAGGGCGAAGGAGGCCAGUCCCUGGAGCAGCUAGAGCAGGAGAAGCUCCUCAGCCCGAAGCCCUCGGAGGGCCCUGAACUGGACGAGGACGAGGGUUUCGGCGACUGGUCCCAGAAGCCGGAGGAGCGGCGGCAGCACCGCGGGGCUGGGGAGACCGUGGACGGUGGGGCCCCCCCUCAGGGCGAGAGUCCGGAGGGGGGGCAGGAGGAGGACAGGCCCCGCCAGCACGCCUUUGGGAGCCAGGGUGGCGACGAGCUGACCCCAGCCGGGGUCUGUCUGGAGGAGCUGCGUCUGAGCCCCGACUCAGAGCCCCAGGAGGGGCCGGGAACAGAGGACACAGAGCCCAACGGCCCCGAGGGAGCCGUCCAGGGAAGCCCAGGGCUGGCAGAGACCGAGGAGGCAGAGGAUGAGCAGCACCAGAGAUGCCAGCAGCGCAGGACGCCCAGCCCCUUGGUCUUGGAGGGGACGGACCCGGGCUCGCCUCCCCUGAGCCCCAGCACCAAACUCAGCGACAGAACUGAGUCCCUGCACCGCUCCAUUCAGAAGAGUAACAGCAUGAAGAAGUCCCAGCCAGCCCUGCCCAUCUCCACGAUUGAAGAGAGGCUGGAGCAGUACACGCAGGCCAUCGAGACCUCUGGCCGGACCCCAAAGCUAGCCCGCCAGCCGUCCAUCGAGCUGCCCAGCAUGGCCGUGGCGAGCACCAAGAGUCGCUGGGAGACGGGAGAGGUGCAGGCUCAGUCCUCCGCCAAGUCCCCCACCUGUAAGGAUAUUGUCGCUGGAGACCUGAGCAAGAGGAACCUCUGGGAGCAGAAAGGAGGCCCCAAGGCUUCGCCGAUGCUCAAGAGCACCCCGUCUGCCAAGAGGUACAAGUUUGUGGCCACUGGACACGGGAAGUACGAGAAAGUGCUCGUGGACGAGGGCUCGGCGCCCUAGGCCGUCCUUCUCGCUUUCCCAAGACUGCAGCACCGCCAGCGGCACCUCCUGGCUCCCGACCCACGUGCCCAGGGGAGAGGCCGGCCAGAUGAACACCCCCCCCCCCCACUGGCCCCGCCGAAGAAGCUGCUUCUUAUGGUCUGCCUGGCCCGCGUGCACCCCCGGCAUCCGUCACCUCUUGCUCCUGGACCCUCCAACCUUUCCCUCUGACCCCCAGCUCUGCCCCUCACAGUUCCGGGAGGAAAGGAACUCUGGCUGUUGGUUGGCAGAAGGACCACCUCCAGAGAAGCUGCGAGCUCCCAGGGAAGGCGCAGCCGGUGCAGAGAGAGGCCACGUGCUGGGGCCUCUGUGUCCAAAGCCACCAACACCCACAACAGCACUGGGCCCCCCCGCCCCGCCCCGCUUGCAGCCCUCCACUUUGUGCAGUAAACUCCCUUUGGUGUCUCCA